CAUUCUUAGAUUUAAGGAUUCAAAUAUUUUGACCUGUUCGUAACAGACGUUAUAGACACUAAACUUCUAUUGAACGUAUUUUUACUUAUAUUUUAUAGACUAUUUGAGAUAUUUUUGAUUGAAAGUCAUUUAAUACUGUUUUCUAUUUAAUUAUCUUAAACAUCGCCGAAAAGAUUUUGUAUCAUUAUAGUUCAAGUGACCUAACUGGGUUCAGCUUCUACCUGAUUACAUUGUUUCAUCACGAACUAGUUAUUAUUACUUUGAAUAUAGAUUUUGACUGCUGGAAUCUUCAAAGCUACUGUAGAAAUUAUUAGGAAUUGUUUAGGACAUCGCUUGAAUUUAAUUCACUUCAUCAGCAAAUUUUUCAAUAUCAUUUUAACUUAUAAUCAAUUUAUAAAAUAUUUCGAUCGCUAAAUAUCUUAUCCUGAGUUUAAAAUUCUUCGUGAAGAGAUUCCAUCAUGAAAUAUCCAAAUAUUUAUCUGAAAAUUUUAUUCUUCUUCUUGCUGGUUGGAACUCUCUCGUGUACAUCAUACGUAGGUUCAUCAUCUUAUGCGACUGAAAAUAUCACCCGAGCUACAACGCCAGAACCAAAGAAUGAAGAUUCUUCGCUAUCGAAAUGGAAAGCAGCUGAAAAGGCAGUGAAAAAAUUAGCCGGCAUGAUAGUGAAGAACUCUUUGCCUGCCAUCAUGCAGGCAUCGGAAACUUUAAAUUUGACAACAGGUUGCACAAAAGGUCUCUUCAAGCUCUUGGCUGAUUUCAAACAGACUAAACUCUGGGCGUUUAGAAUGAUAGACUCAUCUGGCAAGAUACCCAAUGGGAUCUUCGGGGGAAGCAUCAACUCGUUCGGGGAUUAUGACAUCUGCAUUAACACCGAUGUACCGGGACAUUUCCGGGGCCAGUAUUGCUUGGUGGAAGUGGAUCCACCACUGCCUCCUAGAGUGCCGUUUGUGUCCUAUGACGAAGAAAUUCCACAGUUUAUCAACAUCUCUCGUCCUGACGUGAUCUUAGGUGAAUUUUUACGGACGGCAAUGUAUUCCUACCACCUGAAUUUCAGAUCAUCGAUAUGCGUCCCUUCGACUUGUUCCAGAGAAGAAGUGCAGAGGAUUGCAUCCAAAGUUUUCGAAAUGAUUGGCAUCGAUUUUAAAGUUUUAGUGCCGCAUUGUGAAACAAAAGUGGACAAAAUUACAUUUAGCUCCAGCGAAAUAGUCAUAAUGACCGUAUUGGCUUGUUUACUGACCUUGGCUGCGUCUGCGACGGUAGCAGACGUAAUAUUUAAACUGAAAUCCAAAGAAGAAUCAUAUCAUAACACACUUGGCAUGCCUAUCAGAUACCUGCUGUGCUUUUCUUUCUACACAAAUAUCUGCCGGCUACUGAAGAAAGAUACAUCUCCAGAUUCGAUCAAGAUAUUUCAUGGAAUGAAAGUCAUAACCAUUUUGUGGGUGAUUUUAAAUCAUACCUACUAUUACGUUAAUUUUCAAGCUUUGAGUUCGCUUCUAGAGGCAAGAGAACUGUCGAGAGAAAUCGGCAUGCAGCUCGUCGUAAACGGGUUUUUGAAUGUAGAAACUUUUUUCUUCAUAAGCGCCGUCCUCCUUUCUUACGGAGUAAUGAAAAUGAAGGCGCAGAAGCUGAACAUUUUUCUGUACAUAUUUAGACGUUUUUGGAGGUUGUUACCCCCCUUCAUGCUCGUCAUCUCGUGCGUCUACCUCAUCCCCCAUUUGGGUUCCGGUCCGAUUUGGAAAGAGACGGUGGUCGAUGGCCUCACGGAGAAAUGCAAGAAGUAUUGGUGGACCAACCUCCUGUUCAUCAAUAAUUUUAUACCGAGUUCUGAAAUGUGCAUGAAUUGGACUUGGUACAUACCUGUCGAUACUCAUCUCUAUUUCCUUUCGCUGAUAGUUUUGAUUCCACUUAAAAGUAAUCCACGUUUAGCAUUCAUGUUGAACGGGGCUCUAUUCGCUGUUGGAACUGCAGUGACUGCAACCUCGCAUGUUUAUUACGGACUUCACCCAACGGCGAUUUCUGCAUUUCUCCAUCCAGACGACAUCAAUUAUUUUAUUGACCGAGGUUAUUUCAGGACAUAUGUGCACUGUGCAUCGUACUGCGUUGGAUUAAUAGUGGGUUAUAUUCUGGCCACAAAACAGAAUCUUCACAUUCCACUGCGUGUGAACAUCGUUGGAUGGAUCUCGGCAUUUGUAGCUGCCUUGACGGUGUUGUAUGGAGUGUACGACUGGAACCAAGGAAAUGUUCCCGGCAUAAUAGUUUCCACUCUCUACACCUGCACCAAUAAACUGAUUUGGUCACUCGCAUUAGCAUGGGUCACGAUAACCUGCAUGACUGGAAAUGGAGGAAUUGUAAGGACCAUCUUAAGCUGGGAGGCGUUCGUUCCACUGGGUCGGCUGACUUACAUGACGUAUCUAGUCCAUCCCAUCAUACAAUUCAUGUAUUUCGGAAGUACCAGAAAUCUCAUAAGGUCGGACCAUAGAACUAUGGUAUUCAUGUACUUAUCAAAUGUAGUGCUUGGUUUUAUGCUGGCUUUUGGCUUGAGUUUGCUGUUUGAAUCCCCGUUCAUGGCCAUGGAGAAACUCAUCUUCUCUUCCAGAAGAUCAAGAAGAGAUGCUGUUAAAGACAGUAGUAAAAACUUUAAAACAGCCGAUUCAGACAUGGGCACCUCGUCGACUUUGAAAGACAAUGGCAUCUGUGCUGUCGACAUUAAACAGACUGUUUGUAAUUAUUAAACUGAAAAAGAGAAAGCGUUGGAAGAGUGUGGCAAUAGUGGCAUCACUGCCAACGGAUUAUAUAUAAUAAUAAAAUUGAAGCAACAAAAAAGUUUGGACUAAGAUGACAUAUGUGUUCUCUAACAUCAAGCAGGCUGAUUGCAAUAAUUAAAAUAGAAACUGUAAACUUUAGAAAAGGAUGGCGUUUGUUCUCUAACUGAUUGCUGAUUGCAAUAAUUGAAGGCUGAUUGCAAUAAUUGAAAUGAAAAUUCAGAAAACUUUAGAACAGGAUCGCGAAUGAGUCAUCCACAUCAAGCAAAUUAAAUACAAUAAUUAAACUGUAAAAACAGAAAACUUUAGACCAGAAAGGUAUCUGUGUCAUCAGCAUCAAGCUUGAUGAUUGCAAUAAUUGAAAUAAAAAACCAGAAAGCUUCUGGACAGGAUGGCAAAUGGAUCACCUACAUCAAACAGAUUGAAUAUAAUAAUUAAAUUGUGAGUCAGAAAGCUUUAGACCAGAAAGGUAUCUGAUAUCAACAUCAAGUAGAUUGAUUGCAAUAAUUGAAAGCUUCAAGACAGGAGCAAAUGAAACCAAAUAACUUCAAAACAGGAUACAAAUGGGUGUCUACAUCAAGCAGACUUAAUAUAAUAAUUAAAUUGUGAAACAGGAAGCUUCAGACCAGGAAGGUAUAUGUGCCAUCAGCAUCAAGCAGAUUGAUUUCAAUAAUUGAAAUGAAAAACCAGAAAGCUCUAGAACAAGAUGGCAAAUGGGUCAUCAAUAAUAAAUGAACUGAAUAUAAUAAUUAAAUUGUAGAAACAGAAAGCUUUAGACCAGGAAGGUAUCUGUGCCAUCAACAUCAAGUAGGUUGAUUGCAAUAAUUGAAGUGAAAAAUCAGAAAGCUUCAGAAAAGGAUGGCAAAAGGAUCAUCUACAUCAAACAGACUGAAUAUGAUAAUUAAAUUAAAGGAAGAAAAUUUCGAAAUAUAUGGCAUCUGUGUAUUAUUUGGCAUCUGUACAUUUAAGUUGCUUUAGAUUAUGUAUUUUGAAGGAGGUCUGCAAUAGCAUUAGACUCAUAUUUUUUUAAUAUAAAUUGUAGCAAAAAAAUCUGAAAUUUAAAAAAAAAUUGAUAUUAAUAAUUUAGACGAAACUUGGUGCUGAUUUUUUUGUUUUUGUUUUGUUUGUUUGUUUGUUUCUUAUAACUUUCUAAUUAAUGGUUUCAUCAUGGGUAUUAUUUGAUCAUCAAUGGAAAAUGGCAUUCCUUUCAAGUCUGUAUAUUGGCAUUAUUUCUUUCAGAAAUUUUAUAUUCUUGCAUAUUUUUAAAUCUCGUAGUACUUCGGUUAAUUUAUAAAAUUCAUUCAUAAUCUUUUCUAUAUAUUUAUUUGCACAUUGUUUUUUUUCAUUUGAAAUAAGAAAUAUGUAGAAAUGUUUGCAUCAUUUGUUUUUGUACAUAGUUGAAUAUAAUGAUAAUUUUUUUAA